CUGUGAUUGGCCACUGUUUCCACGUGACUAUAACGGGCAGAUUCUAUUCGUUAGAGUGAUUAGUUGCAAAUCCAAUAUGGCUUCUGUGUAGGUAGUUUAUGCGAAGUUGCUCAGUAAUAAAAUAUAUUUACGGCUUUAAGUCACUAAUAAUGUCGUCGAGGUCCGCAAGAACAACUAGAUUAAAGACUCGGAACCUGAGGAAGAGAGUUCAAACGAAAUCGGCCUCAUCAAGACAUCGAAAUGGAGAGAGUUCCAUGGAUGCAACUUUUUGCAGUGAAGACAGUUGCAGCAGAUAUUACUUACGGAGGAGGUCACACAGUGCUGAUGGUUCCUCAGGCAAUUCUGUAUCACUAUCAGAUUUAUCACAUCAGCCGAUGCGGAAAAAGAAAAAGAAGUCCAAUAUAAAUCCUGCUUUACAGCCUCAAGGCCGUGUUGCUGCAAGGUACCUGCAGCAUGAACUGCCAGAUGAAGUGAUGUUCUACAUAUUCUCAUUCCUUAAAGAGUUAGACCUAUGUAAUGCUGCUCAAGUUUGUCGGAGGUUUCGCUCCAUAACGAACGACCAUGAAUUAUGGAAAGUGCUGUAUAUGGAAGUCUUUGAAUAUGAGUCGCCGUUAAUGAAUCCAGAACCACGAGUAUUCCAGUUUGUUUCACCUGAUGACCCAAAUUACGAUAAUCCAUGGAAAGAAAGUUUCAAGCAAUUGUAUCGAGGUAUUCAUGUUUCCAAAAAUGAUCUUCCACUUGUUGAGACCGUCAAGGGCAAACGCAUCAAGGGUAGAAAUCUUAUCAAAUUUGACACGAUCGAGUCGGCCUACAACUUUGCAGACACAGAGGAAAUAGAAGACCCUCUUAUAUUUGUGCACACUGGUACUUAUCGGUCAGAGUUUCUCUUGAUAGAUUCACAAGUGUCCCUGAUUGGUGCAUCUGGAGGAAAUGUGGAGGACAAUGUGAUAAUAGAACGAGACACAGAAUCAACAAUUAUGUUUGUGGAGGGUGCAAGAAGAGCUUAUCUUGGAUACAUGACUUUGAGGUUUUGUCCAGAUUCUGCAUCAGCGGUCCCCCACCACCGACACUACGCUCUAGAGGUGGCUGAGAACACUCAACCUGUUAUUGAUCAUUGUAAAAUAAAAAGCUUGUCUGUGGUUGGUGCUGCUGUAUGUGUGUCAGGGCAGAAUGCAGACCCCACUAUCAUGAACUGCUCCAUCAGAGACUGUGAAAAUGUCGGUCUUUAUGUCACAGACAAAGCUGAGGGAGUGUAUGAGAACAAUGAGAUCAGUGGCAAUGCUUUGGCUGGCAUAUGGGUCAAGAACGGGGCCAACCCUAUCAUGAGGAAUAAUCACAUCCAUCAUGGCCGUGAUGUCGGAGUGUUUACCUUUGAUAAUGGACUGGGAUAUUUUGACAACUGUGAUAUUCAUGACAACCGCAUCGCUGGCUUCGAAGUGAAAGCAGGGGCCAACCCGACGGUCAUUCACUGUGAGGUCCACCAUGGACAGACAGGCGGCAUUUAUGUACAUGAAAAUGGAAGAGGCCAGUUUAUUGAGAACAAAAUACAUUCAAACAACUUUGCCGGAGUUUGGAUAACAUCGAACAGUGACCCCACAAUCAGGAAAAAUGAAAUCUACAAUGGUCAGCAAGGAGGAGUGUAUAUAUUUGGAGAUGGGAGAGGAUUGAUAGAGCACAAUAAUAUAUAUGGCAAUGCACUAGCAGGCAUACAAAUAAGAACCAAUAGCAACCCGAUUGUGAGGCACAACAAAAUACAUCAUGGUCAACACGGCGGCAUCUAUGUGCAUGAAAAGGGAAAAGGCCUGAUAGAGGAGAAUGAGGUGUACUCCAAUACUUUGGCGGGAGUGUGGAUCACCACAGGGAGUACACCUGUACUCAGGAGGAACAGAAUACACAGCGGGAAACAGGUUGGUGUUUAUUUCUAUGACAACGGUCAUGGAGUUCUAGAAGACAAUGAUAUCUUCAACCAUCUGUACUCCGGAGUUCAGAUAAGAACUGGAAGCAAUCCUUUCAUCAGAAAGAACAAAAUCUGGGGUGGCCAGAAUGGUGGUAUACUGGUCUACAAUGGAGGCUUAGGGAUGAUAGAGAGCAAUGAAAUAUUUGACAAUGCUAUGGCUGGCAUCUGGAUCAAGACGGAAAGUAAUCCCAUCCUGAGGCACAAUAAAAUUCAUGAUGGAAGGGAUGGAGGAAUUUGCAUUUUUAACACUGGCAAAGGCCUCCUGGAGAACAAUGAGAUUUUCCGGAAUGCCCAAGCUGGUGUUCUAAUCAGCACACAAUCCCACCCAAUCCUGCGGCGCAAUCGUAUCUUUGAUGGGUUAGCAGCUGGGGUGGAAAUCACCAACAACGCCUGUGCCACUUUGGAAGAAAACAAAAUCUUCAACAACAAAUUUGGAGGUUUAUGCCUGGCAACUGGUGUUGAUCCAAUCAUGAAAGACAAUGUUAUAUUUGGCAACCACAACAUGGUGGACAGAGCUGUGAAUUCUGGCCAGUGCUUGUACAAAAUCUCAAGCUACACAAGUUUUCCCAUGCAUAAAUUCUUCAGGUGUCGAACCUGCAACACUACGGAGCGUAACGCCAUCUGUGUGAACUGUAUCAAUACAUGCCACGCAGGCCACGACGUGGAGUUCAUCCGACACGACCGCUUCUUCUGUGACUGUGGGGCCGGCACGCUGAGUAAACACUGCCAGCUACAGGGAGAGCCCACCCAAGACACAGACACUCUCUACGACUCAGCUGCCCCCAUGGAGUCACACACGCUAAGGGUUAACUGACGUCGGGGUAUUCCGAGGGUUAAAUGACUCUGAGGCACUGAGGGUCAACUGAAACUGGGGCGCACUGAGGGUCAACUGAGGCUGGGGUGCUCUGUGAGUGGACAUACUGUGGGGCAUCCGUAUGGUCAGCUGACACUAGGACACUCUGAGGGUCAACUGAUACUGGGACACUGAGGUUCAAUUGACGUCAGGGCACCCUGAGACUGAGGGUCAGCUGACACUUGGGCACUCUGAGGGUCAACUGACGACGGGGCAUCCUGAGAUUCUGAGGGUCAAAUGACACGUGGGCACUGAGGGUCAGCUGACGUCAGCGCACCCUGGGACUCUGAGGGUCAACUGACGCUAGAAGACUGCGAGAAAAAGAUAACCACACGCCUCCGUGUUUGUUUUGUCCCACUUUUUAUUGAUCAGGCAUGCCAGAUGGGUGGGCAUGAGGUGGGAAGGUGAACUUUGCUGGAGGUGUCCUAUUGCCAUCUUUCAUUCUCAUGGUGCUGAAACUUCACCUGUGUCAAAACCGUGGAGGGAGAGGGGGGAUGUUGGGAGAGCGAAUUCUCCACAAGUUGAGUGGAAGUAGAAAUGCAACACUAAUGAUGAAGUUACUUUAUGUGUAUGGUGUUGCGCUGAUCCACAACACUGAAAUACACACUAGUCAUUUGCAGUCUCUGUCCAUGUCGCUGGGGUCAGACUCUGGUUUGUCAAAGUAGAAUAAUAUUUAUUUUCAAGGACACAAAUACGGACGUCAUUCUUUGACAUUCAGUCUUUGUUUUGUCUUACUUAGAGAAUCAAACGUGGACAAGUGUCAAGAGCCCGGUCUUAGACAGACCUUCCUCUUUUGGUUUUCAGUGAUGAAAGUUUGCAUGCCAACAUCUGUUGGGGACAGGAAGUAGAUAGACGUUAGCAUAUUUUAGUGCCGAGUUGAUUGGUUUAAAGAAACACCAAAGACCUUUAUGGUAUUUAAUGAGAAAAUAAUUUGAAAGCUAUGGUGCACAUGUUUUUGUUGAGAUAAGUGUUUGUAAAAUAAUGAUUAUGUGUGUGAUUGUCUUUUUUGUCUUGUAGUUUUGAGUUUUUGUUAUUUUCAGUGUUAAGAGGGGAUUGUGUUUGUUUGAAAAUUAACUGCUGCUGGAGUGAUCUCAGUUUUUUGUUUCUUGUCUUUGUGUGUAGGUCUAUGUGGUUAUUUUUAGGUUUGUCUUUUUACUUUUUACGUUUCUGAGCUGAUUUGAUGCCUUCACUCCUUUUCUUGUCUGGAUUUUUGUAUGUUGCACUUUUUCUCAGGAGUGAUAUGGCUACCUUAGUGGUUCUCUGCUUCUGGUGAGCUAAUAUUAUCUCAAAACUGCUCCUUAUCAUCAUUCAGAAGUACACAAGUUCAUAGUCACACAGGUUGGUGGAACAUUCAGGAGACCUGAGUAUUGUUCUUCUCAUUGGAAGGUUUUUACUGGGUUCCGUGUCCCAACUCCCCUGUAAAGUGACCAGAAAUUUUCUUCACUGGGCCUAUAUUUGGUGUGUUCAGGGUAGUCAGGUUACCAAACCAAGUAUCUUGAGUGAGCAGGGUUGUGGUUUCAGACAGACCAUUGUUCUGCUUCUUUUUUUUUUUUAGAUGCUGGUAUCUGCUCUUUGACUUCAAAUGUGUCCAGAUGUUUGAAAAGUGUUCUGUGGUUCAGAUUGAGACACAUAAUAUGUUCUUCGUUUCUCUAAAAGAAAAUUCUUCUGAACAGGUGCUCUUGUUAUUUUUGGUCUUUUUUUAAUGUUCUUAUCUGAUGUUUCAAGAAGAGGUUUAAUGUCCCGUCAAAACAAAUCAUCAAACUUCAUUUUGUACUAGCGAGGAUAUGAAUUAAUACUUUUAUUUUAAAAAUAUCUGCUGUGAGUUGUUUUAAUGAAAUUGUUCCCGCUUGAAAGGAGUAAUGAGUUGCAUGUUUUUGAAAAAA